AUGGCUCGCAACGCAGAGAAGGCGCAGAGUACACUCUUCCGAUGGAGGGCCCAGCAAGCGGCAGAUCUGGGCAUCCUUGACACCACUCGUACACGACGACCAAAGGCCAUCUCACAACAAGAAUCCGUACCCACAUGUGAACGCUGGCGCGGUCAGGUACUCAAGGAGAUUUCGCGCAAAGUUUCGAAAAUCCAGGACCUGGCGCUUUCGGAUUUCCAGAUUCGCGACAUCAACGAUGAACUCAACAAGCUUUUCAAAGAAAAAUGGCAAUGGGAGAUGCGCAUCCGCGAACUAGGAGGACCGAACUACAUGAGGGGAGGUGGUCGUGUCGUCGAUGAGGAAGGUCGUGAAAUCCAAGGCGGUGGAAAGGGCUAUCGCUAUUUUGGAAGGGCAAAAGAGCUUCCCGGAGUCAAGGAGUUGUUCGAGGCUGCAAAGGUCAAACCACAGGAGGAGAAGGCUUUGGAGACACGCUCGGACCUGCGCCAGAAGGUCGACGCUGCCUACUAUGGUUACAACCUUGACGAGGAGGAUGGCACAUUACUCGCCUAUGAGGCACAAAAAGAGAAGGAGGCCUUUGAACACACUCUGGACAACACAGGGGCAGAUGAGGAAGCCGAUUGGGAGCCUUUGCCGGGCGAUUCUGGAGAUGGCGUCGCAUGGCAUCUUCCAACUGCAGAAGAAGUCGAGGCCGAGCUUAUUGAGAGGAGGAGGAGAAAGCUACUGGACAAGCUUUGA